GUUUAAACACCAAAUAUAUAGUCUCUAGGAGUAAGGGAGGAUCCAGGUGAAGUAUUUAGAAGAAAAGAAGCGCCCGAAAGCUGUAGUUCCACGCCGGAGAAGAAGAAGUUGUUGCCGUCGGACCAAUUUGCUGCUGCCGUCGUCACUCAACCGGGAAGCCAUCGUGUGCCGCCAUCUUCAAGGAAGUCUUGCCGCCGCCUGAGCCGACUGGUCACCACCGGAGACUAAAGCCUGGCAUCGCCGCCGGUACCGCAUUAAGGACGACGGACUAUUUUGUCAUGGACCGCCGUUCCAUGAUGGCUAUUGCAAAGGCCAAAGCGGCCGAGGAGAUUGCUGCUAAGGCGGCCGAAGCGGCCAGGCGUGCCGCGGUCGGUGGGAGCGGGGCUACUGCAGAUGCGGCCCCAAAGCCUGCCCCAUCCAAGAAAAAGAGACCGGCCACUGACGGCCAGAAAAAGUUGACCGAGGCCGGCGUGAGCGUCUCUAAGAAGACGAAGAGGGCUCCUUCCCCUUCUCCGGCUAGUGAGGCCGGUACGCUUACCGUCCCAAGCGUGGGCGAUGGUGGUCCCGUCGUGGACCUUACUGUUGCUGGCGAUGCCGCCCCAGCGCUUCCUCUCGUCCAGGAACCACGGACGCAGAGGGCCGGCAAGGAGGUCGCCGGUGCCACCUAUCAGAAAGUGAUAGAGUACCCCGUCGGCGGGGGCGUGUUUAAUGAGCUCGUCCCCGGCCACGUCGUCCUGGCCAAGGCCAUGCCGGCCAAAGAUCGGGCUCAUUUGAAGAAGCUCGAGGACCCGAAGAUUUAUGAGGGCGGCAUGGACCUCCUCGUCCAAAGUGCCUUCAUGCUUAUGGAAAGCCAUAAGAGGCAGUACUGGGAGAUAGUCCGCCUGCAAGCGCUGGAGCAGAAGGUUGCCUCGGCCGACGAGGCGGUAGCUUGCCUUGACCGGCUCCGGGAGGAUGCCAAGGCGCUGCAGGCCCAAGCUGAUGAAGCCGUCGCGGCCAGGGACGAUGCCCUGGUCAAGCUCGAAGAGAGCAGAAGGGAGCUCGCGGAGUCCCGCAGGGCGCUUGAGGCCGAGAAGCGCAGGAGCGAGGAGGCCGCCAAGGCGAAGGCUGAGGCCGAGGCCGCCGUCGUGAAGGCUGCCGAUGAGGCCAUCGAGAAGUUCUUGGCCGAGGGGUGGAAGGCCGAUGAGAGGCUCCCCUGGUGCUACGAGGUGGUGGCCGCCAGGCUGGAGAGUUGGGGGAUGAACUCCCCUGCCGGCCGGGAGUAUUUCAGCCGGGAGAUGUUCGUUUACUACAACCUGGGCCAGGAGCGGAUGCAAAGGCUCCUGUGUCGGCGGCUAUCCCGGGCGUUGAAGGCCAUGAACUACACAUCUGGAUGGGCUAGGCGGAACCUGAAGCUGCCAAAGCUGAUGAAGGAUCCCGAAGAGCAGGCCAAGCUUCCGCCGUCGGAGCGGGAAUCCCCCAUAGAGAGCUCCGGCCUUGGCGAGCCGGAUUAUACUGAAUUUGAUUUCUUAGACGAUGCCACCAGCGCCGCUGCCGGCCAGGAAGCUGAGGCCGAUGAGGAGGGGGCCGACGAGGUUGAAGAGCCAGCCCCGGAGGCUUGAUCGGCUAGUCCCUAUUGUAGUUAGCUUUUCAUUUGUUGCCAAAUUAUGUAAUGGCCGUAGUGCCC